AGAUACUGAAGUAAGAAAUUUACUUAAUAUAAGUGGAUCUUCAACAACCGUAAGCAUAAGAGACCUUCCAGAAAUUCUAUUUCUAGUCAUGAAAAUUCCAGAUAGCCCUAUGCAAUUUGAUACCGGUAGUUCUGAAAAUGAAUUGGUUAUUUCUUCAUAUGAAGAAGAAUAUAAUUUUAUUACUAAGACACAGCCCAAAAAAGAAAAAAAUCUG